ACAUAUCUCUACACUCCCGGAGAUCGGCAGCUAUGGCCAGCAAGAAGAAAGAUAUUGCACUGCAGAUUAUCAUCAGUAAUCAGGAGCAGUGGGAGGAAUCGCUCUCUUCCAAAGGACUCCUAGUGGUGGACGUGUAUCAGGCCUGGUGUGGUCCGUGCAAGACAGCUGUCAGCUUAUUUCGAAAAAUUAAAAAUGAACUGGGUGAUGAUCUCUUGCAGUUUGCUGUGGCGGAAGCUGAUAGUAUUGAUGCACUUGAGAAAUACAGAGGCAAAUGUGAACCCACGUUUCUUUUCUUUGGUGGAGGGGAACUGGUUGCCGUGGUGAGAGGAGUCAAUGCUCCUUUACUACAGAAAACUAUUAUAGACCAGCUUGAAGCAGAGAAGAACGUUUUGAACCAAGGCCUAGAACGCAAAGUGGUAAAAGAUGAGGCACUUCUAGUGGAAGAAGAGGAGACGUCUCCUAUCCCAGCACAGGUUGAGGAUGAUGAACUGCUUCCAUCAGGGAAGUCUUACACAGUGGCUAUUAUUAAACCUGAUGCAGUUGCUCAUGGAAAAGCAGAUGAAAUCAUAAUGAAGAUACAGGAGGCUGGGUUUGAGAUUUUGGCCAAUGAAGAGAAGACUAUGACGGAGUCUGAAGUCAGAGACUUCUAUCAGCACAGGGCAGGAGAGGAGAAAUUUCAGGAGCUGAUACAGUUCAUGUCUAGUGGCCCAUGCCAUGUUCUUAUCAUAUCUAAAUCUGGAGAAGAGGAUGUGAUCCCUGCAUGGAGAGAGUUCAUUGGUCCAACUGAUGUAGAAGUCGCCAAGACAGAGAAGCCUGAAAGUUUACGAGCUCAGUAUGGUACAGAGAUUCUGUAUAAUGCUGUGCAUGGGAGCAAUGACACUGAGCAGGCCAGCAGAGAAUUAGCCUUCUUCUUUCCUACUUUCAAACAACAGCACCAACACACAGAUGAAUCGGUCUUUAUGAGCCCAGAAAGGACCUUGGCUUUGAUUAGGCCAGAGGUCUUAAGAGGCAGGAAAGAUGAAGUUUUGCAGUGCAUCCAGGAGGCUGGCUUCUCUAUAGCAAUGCAAAAGGAAGUUAUGCUUAGUGAGCAGCAGGUCAAGGAGUUCUAUCAAGAGCAUGUAAAUGAAGACUAUUACCCAGCUCUUCAACAGCAAAUGACCAGCGGUCCCAUUCUUGCCCUGGCACUUGUAAAGGAUAACGCAGUAAAACUGUGGAGGAAUGCGUUAGGACCUACGAAAAUUACAGAAGCAAUAAAUGAAGCACCAGACAGCUUGCGAGCUCGUUUUACUCCAUCAGAGGGUGCAAUUAACCAGUUACAUGGCAGUUCAUCUCCAGUGAGUGCAGAAAAGGAAAUAAACUUUUUCUUUCCAGUAGAGCAUACCUUGGCAGCUAUUAAACCUGAUGCAAUGGAAGAACACAGAGAUGAAAUCAUGGAGAGAAUUCAAGGGGCUGGAUUUACAAUUUCUCAAAUAAAAGAGACUAAUCUGAGCCAAGAGAUGGCUGAGGAGUUUUACAAAGAACACAAGGGGAAGCCAUUUUAUGAGCAACUUGUCGAAUACAUGUGCAGAGGUCCUUGUUUAAUGAUGACUCUUAGCAAAGAAAAUGCAGUACAGGAGUGGAGAUCACUGAUGGGCCCCACAGAUCCCACUGAAGCUCAAACAGCUGCCCCUGAUUCUCUGAGGAGCUUGUUUGCUAAGAGUAUUUUGGAGAAUGCAGUCCAUGGCGCCUCCAACAUAAAUCAUGCCACAGAAAAGAUUCAAUUCAUAUUUGGUGACAUUGAUCUGGAUGGACAUAUCAGUUGGACCAGUAAUGAAACAUCCACCCAGAAUACUACUAAAGACAUCCAACAAAAUGAGGAGCGCAAUGAAACCACAGCCCUCCCAGGGAAUGAAGAAGAGUCUGUACAAGAUGACAGUUAA